UUGCAGUGGCAUGCGUGGAAAACAUACUACGACGUACUGGUCAAGCUUCCUGGAGCGUUCUGGGCAGAGGAGACGGCUAGAGAUUGGCUUGAAAACGUGGCCAUUGAGUUGAAACACCUGGGUCACUACCAGCCGGCUCAUCCUACUGUUAAUGGACCUAGUUACUAUCAAGAGCGCCGAGUAAUGCGUGAAAGGCCGAGAAAUCGAAUGGAAAACGAAGAUGGAGUAAGCCAAGUUCAAAGGAAGAGACGGGAAAGUGGAUCAGAAAGAGAAGAAAGACAAGAAGGCAGAGUGCGAAAUGACAGACAGGAAAAUCGAAAAGAUAACGAAAGACGAGGAGAUCGAACAGUGAGCGGUGCAGCAACUGCGGAUCAUGGAUUGAGAAGCAUGCGUGAUCUAAACGCUGCUCUCGAGAGAGAGCUUGAACCGCCUCUAUGGCAGGACUGUGAGAAACGACCUCCACCUUGUGAUUUCCGCACGUUGAGUGAGCUUCCUGUGAAAUCCGACAUUUACAAUGCU